AUGGCUGAAGAGACCUCGGACAAAAAUAGCAACCCCAGUAUGGCGCAACCAGAAAAAACACAUGACCAAGAAGGAAACUGCAAAAUGGUGAACGGAGAAGAAUCAAAUGUAGGUAAAGAAGCGCGCUUCUCCAUUGAGAACAAACCGGGUAGUGGUUCCAAAAACAAGCAAAACAGUGUUCUUGAGAAGAAUAAAAAAAAAACCAACUUGAAAAAAAUUAAUGAAGACGCAAAUGAAGUUAAGGACGAUUUGGGAGAAAUGAAAGGAAUGGUUGUCGCGGAGUUGUCAGAAAGGGAGCCACCCAGAGGGAAGGGGGAUGGACGAGGUAUGGAGCUCAAGCAUGAGGGGCAAGGCGAGAGGAAAGGAAAGAGACAAGACGAGGGGAAAAGCGAGAGGAAAGGAAAGAGACAAGACGAGGGGCAAAACGAGAGGAAAGGAAAGAAACAAGACGAGGGGAAAAGCGAGAAGAAAAGCAAAAGACAAAGAGAGAGACAAACCGAUCAGCAUGUCGCUACGCAGGAUGCCGCCACGCAGAAUGCCACUACGCAGGGCGUCCCCAAUGGUACCAACUCCGAACAUCACCAAGCGAACCUCUCGAAUGAAACCCCCCCCAGUUGCAGCAGCGCUAGUAAUGUAGACCAAACGAUCAGCAGAACUUACAUCAGGCGAGAACCGACGAAAUUGGAUAUUUCUUCAAAUGAGCAAACUUCACGAGAAGAACAAAACGACGAGCAGGAUGAGAUGUGUUGCCACGAUGAUGAAAGGAAAGAAAAUAGUAUCCUUACAAAUAAAAAAAUUUUAAUAUGUCCAGGUAGGGAAAAUAAUGAUGUCGUAGAAAGUAAUCAUAAUGAGCAUUACAUCGAAAGAUAUACAAACUGUUCCGUGAGCAACAUCGAUAAGAAGAAAACAGGAAAUGUAAACAGUGGAGAAAAUAACCCUGCGUAUGUCAAAAGACCCUAUUUUGAGCCAAACUACUUCAACCAAAGGAUUAUGAAGAAUAGCAACAUCCCCAGUUUUGGGAAGUACUGUCCGUAUGAAAAGAACUGUUUAGAUCAUAAUGAUGGGAGGAACACAUACCACUCAAGUGCAGGAACGAACAGUGUCGUCAAUGUUGUUAACAGCAGUGAGAAAAACAGCAGUGAGAAAAACAGCAGUGAGAAAAACAGCAGUGAGAAAAACAGCAGCGAGAACAACAACAGUGAGAACAACAGCAGUGAGAACAACAAGAGCGAGAACAACAACAGCGGAUGCAACAUCUAUGGGUGUGUGAACGUAGUCCCCCCCCCAAAUGGAUUAAGCAGCCAUCAGUCCAAUCACCAGGAGAAGCAGCAGGUCGAGUACCAAGAGCAGCAGCUGGAUGCCAAUUCGAAGAAAGCACAGACAGACAUUUCGUUUAUUUCAACAAGUGGACGAUCCCAAAAUGACCUGCGUAUGAACAGUGCAAAUGUGCAACAUCAUCAUGUAGUACCCCCUUAUGUGCAUCCCCUGGGUAACAAAGAACAAGGCAUAAGAAUUGGAACCUAUACAAAAGAUCGCUACUACAACAAAGGGAAAGAAAAGAUACACGAUCAGUAUUACAGAAUAAAGUUGUGUCCAUUUUUAAAAAAAGGACUGUGUCAAAAAGGAGACAACUGCUCCUAUGCACACUCAACUGAUACUUUACGAAGUUGCAUGAAUUUAAUGAAGACGAAAAUUUGUCAGCUGUGGUUGAAAAAUGAAUGCAGAAAUCCUAAUUGUGUAUAUGCUCAUGGAGAGGGAGAAUUGAGGGCAACACCGGAUUACUUUAAAACAAAGCUGUGCAAAUAUUUUGAUAAGGAAGGUACAUGUCCGUCUGGAGAAAAAUGUAGACAUGCACAUGGGCAGGCAGAACUGAGACAAAGAAACUACAAAAAAACGGAACUUGAAAAAUUUUCUCCAAAAAGUAGGGUCAGUCCAAAAUUCACAUUCCAUGAUUUGAAGAAUAAGGGGGAAUGUCCGCAGUACAUUUUGAACAUGCUCAGUGGAAGAAGCAGAAAGGAGAAUGUCGACAGGAGUGAUUGGAACAGUUGGAAUGAAGCGAACAUCCACAACGCGUUCAGCAGCGGAUUGAGCAACGCGUUCAGCAACGGAUUCGGCAACGCAUUCAGCAACGCAUUCAGCAGCGGAUUCGGCAACGGACUGAGCAACGCGUUCAGCAACGGAUUGAGCAACGGAAGUAGGUACCAUAGGGACACUCGUGUGGCCACCCCCACUGAUGAGAACUCAAAUGCGCAAACGACCUCUUUAGAUAAGAGAGCUGCCCUUCCCGACCAAAUAUGUAGACCAGAAAAAAGAGAAAGUACGAACGAAAUUACCCAGGUCUACCAAGUCAGUGCUGCUGACAGUUGUACAAACCAGGAGAAGGAAAUUCAUGCCGUGCUCACCCUUUGCGAGAGGAAGGAAAACUCAGAUGGGGAAAAGAACAACAAUGGUAGCAAUGCAAACAUGUGCGGUGCGAAAUAUUCCGAUAAAAGGGAAACUCCAAGGGAGGAACAAAUUUUCAAGACAGAAAUGAGAGAAGAGGCAGAUAAGGAAAUUGCAUCCCAUGAGGACACACGAAAUUUACACCACGCGGUUUCGGGCACGACCAGUAGUAUCAGCGUGGAGCGUGAUGGAAAUGGGGAAAAGGAACUGAGGGACGAUGUGGUGGAAGGAGGCACAGGAAAUGGCACAGGAAAUGGCACAAGAAACGGCACAGGAAACGGCGCAAGAGAGGCGAGCGAACCAGAACAAAGAGCAGAAAACCAAAAGGAAAGAAAAAGUAGAUCGCCGGGUGAUGAAACCCUUUCCGAGAAGAAUCAAAAUUUGGCUCACAGAAGAAAAUCCGUAGAAAUGAAGAAUGAAGAAAUCGAGUUGAGCCAGAAUGAGGAACAGCAUUCUGUUGGAAAAGCAUCGCAUAGUGGUGAUAUGAAUGAUGAUGAUUACAAAAUGUUGAGGGAAGCAGUGCGUGGAGGGGAAAAAAUGGAACGAACUCUCGCUGAGGUUCUGGAUCACAGCAGCGAGUACAUGUCAAGUGGGCAAAGUAGCAGCCAAUAUAUGUCUAUUGGGAGAAGUAGCAGCGAGGGAGAGGGAGAAUCGUAUGGGAAUAGAAGCCCAAAUAAGUCAUAUGGGUGGUGUAACCAGGACUUCCAGGGGGAGAGGCGCGGACAAGCAAAGGACGAAAACAAUGGCCAAAUGGGGGAUGGAAUCCAAGGGAGUGCCCUCCUCGAAAUGGAAAUAGAAAGGGAAGACGACAACAGGUAUGAAAUCGUUGAGAUAGGGAAUGCCUCGGUAGAAGAAGAUCCGCAAGCAAGUCGAAGUGAGACAGGACGCAGUUUUGAAGGGGAUAAAAACGAGAACGGCAAUGUGGACCGUGGCGAGAAUGGCAAUAUGGACCGUGGCGAGAAUGGCAAUAUGGACCGUGGCGAGAAUGGCAAUAUGAACCGUGGCGAGAAUGGCAAUAUGGACCGUGGCGAGAAUGGCAAUAUGGACCAUGGCGAGAAUGGCGAUGAUAAUGCGAAUGGCAGAGGAGGCAACGAAAAACAGAGAGACCGCCACCAGGAACAAGAACCCCCAACGCUGAACGAAUAUAGGUGCACCCGACCCACGAAUGAAAUGGAUAACUGUUCGAAGAAGGUGAUCAGUGGAGAAAACAUCAUCGAGAGACGCUACGCAAAUAAUUGCCCAAGAGGAGGGGAAAGAUAUGGCUCAUUUAGAAAUUUCAACGAGAGUGGAAAUGACAUCCUGAGGAACCCCAUUUUUAUGUUGAAGAAUCAGUACAGAACGGAGAACGACAGAACGGAAAACGACAGAACGGAAAACGACGGAACGGAAAAUGACAGACAUGAAAACGAAAGAAAUGAAAAUGACGGAAAGAAGAACCUCCUCCUGAGCAAAUUGGCGAGUUACCACACGGCGAGCACAUCUAGCAACUACGGCCCAAAGAAUUUUAAUUACAAACAUAAGAAGUUUAACAUGGCAAGUAGGUACGCAAAGAAUUUUGAGGGUUUGGACCACUUCGGAAGCGUCUCGAACUAUGGGGUCGGCGGGAACGUGGCCAUUUGCGGUAACGGCGGGAACGUGGCCAUUUGCGGUAACGGCGGGAACGUGGCCAUUUGCGGUAGCGGCGGGAACGUGGCAUCUUAUGGAAACUGUGACCGAGACGAUUUGAACAACGGCGGGGAGCUAAUCAACAACGAGGGCACGCAGAACUGCAGAGUAAUCGGCGGUAAUGGCAGGGGCAGCGGUAACGCCCCAGAGGCAAGGGCGAAAAAAGGGGACGCACAGGGAGAACACAACAAACAUGGAGAUCACAACGAACCGGAAGAACAGUUGACAAACGGUAGAGUAAAGAUAAGAGGAGAAGACCAGAACUGCAGUGACAUCCCGCUUAGAAAUUUCACCUGCAAAAGUUCACACCGCUCAUUUAACAGCACGUACAGUACACCUGAGCAGAAUCCAUCAAAUCAAAAUUUUGAAAACGAAGCCAGAUAUUCCCAUACAAACCACAACCAUGCGAAUAAUUCACUCCACAUGCAGAAUGUCCUACCUAGACCUAAUGAAACCUACAGCAACGUCUGCAACAGUGGUGCCCAUAGAACAAAGCAAAACUGUGAUAAGAGCAACGGAACUACAAGUAACGAUAUGUUGCAUGGCCCCCCCGUAUAUCCCUUGAACACGCUGGUGAAUAACUUUAGUUAUUACAACUACAACGUAAGUAACGUUUACUCGAACCGAAACAACUGCUACAGUUUUUUGAAUGUAGAGCUGAACAGUGUGAACAUGACUAGCCAGACGCGCGUCCUGCCCGCGGAGUUGUCUAUUUCGGCGCAAGGUGGAGGGACAACCGAGGAAGCAUAUAGAGCAGCAAACGAGGAAGCGUGUAGAGCAACAACUGGGCAACCAUGUAGAGCAGAAAACAGGCAAGCAUAUAGAACGACAAACGGGACAGCAAACCAAGCGGCAAAUACGACUGACGUGCUCAACGCCCUUAACAACCGAGCACACCACUCCCCGAGCGAAGAGGCUGCGAACGGCCAAUCCGUGUUUGGUACCGUGGCACCCAUAACCCUGCGAUCGACCAAUCGCACAAAUAACAGAUCGUCCAAAUCUCAUCCAUGCUCGAAUCAGCACAGAAAAAAAAUUUGGAAUAUCCAAAAUGUGGGAAGCAACGCGACUAACAUGCAUUUCAGUGGAAAUAAAUCUGCUAACGCUCAAGGGAACAAUAACAGGCAGGAGAGAAACUGCACCUCGUCUAAUGUCGCAGUGGGUAGUAGCCACUACAGAAGCUCCGUCACACAGGCAAAUACGAAUGAUAACUUCGUGCAUAAUGGGAACAGUGGAUCGUCGUCCGCAUCGAACAUGGUACACAAUGACAGAUCGGAUCCACCUGUUGGUUCGUUAAGCGGAAACAACAAUAGUGGGCACGGCUUGAGCGACGAGAACGACCUGAGUGGCGAUAACAGCGGUAGCGGCCCAGUGGGCGGUAGCAGCCAAAAUGGUGGGAGAGGCCAAAUGGAUCGUAGCAGCCAAAAUGGUGGUAGCGGCUCCUACGGGGAAAACCCAAACCUGCGCGAAACGCAAGUUUCCCAAAACGGAGGCAGGGAGAAAAGAAAAAGAAAUCCCCACUUUCCCUACAGCUCACACAGAAAUUAUGAAAGGAGAAUCAACAACGCGCAUUUUAAAAACUACAGGAAUUACAACAACCAUGUUUACACAAAUCAGAUGUGUGCCAACCAGGUUUACAGUAACCAAGUUUAUGCGAACCGUCCGGCUUAUGGCUCCAAUCAGGCGUACUAUGGCAACCAGGUAUACACGUACCAGCACCCGUAUAGCAACUACAUGUACAGUAAUGGCGGGAACGCGUACAGCAAUAACGGCCACACGCACAGCAAUAACGGCUACACGUACAGCAAUAACGGACACACGUACAGCAAUAACGGACACACCAGCAGUAGUCACCCGUACAAUAAUAAUGGCCACCCCUACAACAGCAGUAGCAGCAGCGCGUACGUUAUCUACCCCUAUAGUGGCUACCCCUACAGCAUCAGCUACCAUCACAGCAGCAACUACCCAUAUGAUGGUCUAUACACCUUUGACGGUGAAUACCCCUAUGGUGGUGCAUACCCCUAUGAUGGCGCAUACCCCCAUGACGCUGUGCAACCGUAUAACGGUGUGAACCCCUAUAACGGCAACCCCCAUUGUGAGAGCGUCCAACCGUAUGGCUCGGCCCCCCAUUAUAGCAGCAACCAUUACUAUGGCGAUGUGGAACAGUUUAGCAGUGGUCAAUUGUACGGAGCCGGCCAACUGUAUAGCGGCGGACAGGUGUAUAUCGACGCCCAACAGUAUGGCGACGCCGAUCAAUGUGGAGACGUCCAACCGUAUGGCGGAGACCACCACUAUAACGGUAACCAAAGCGGUGUGCAUAACGGAAGCUACACUAAUGACCAAAGUUACGUCCACAAUCAGUACCCCUACAACGACAGCAUGAACUAUGGCCCGCCUUACCACAGCAACGAUACGGAGGAGGGACAGAAUGGUAACAGUGCACCCCCCAGGGAUAGCCUCUUGGACAGCGAGGAGUACCAAAAUAGGCCUAACGAAGAUGAAAACAAUGCAAAUGACACGUGCCAGGAUGAAUCUGCAUUUGAUGAUUCUACAAAAAAUACAUCAACAGAAGAAGGAGAAGAAGGAGAAGACGUAGAGGGAGAUGAAGCAGCUCAACAAUCCCCUUUGCAACCUUCUGCAGAAUUUCAGCAGUGA